AUGGUCAACAUCGCGAUCGCUGGGGGCAAUGGCCUCAUAGGACGUACUAUCAAAGAGGUAUUGCAGGAACAAGACAAACACAAAGUCUUCACCUUGACGCGCCAGGAUCCUGAUGCAUCAGAUCAGCGUACCCUCAAGGUCGACUAUCAAGACGUGGAAGCAGUGAAGACGGCCCUCGAGCAGAAUGACAUACAUACCGUGAUCUGUGCCUUUACCAUGGAAGGUGACGCUCUUCAGACUUCGCAUCUCAGUCUUAUCGAGGCGGCGUCGAAAAGCUCCACCACGAAACGCUUCGUUCCGACUUCGUUCGCCAUUGCAUAUCCCAAGGAAGCAGUUGCCCUUCUCCCGACGUUGGAGUACUACUUCCAAGCCUUAGACCGGCUCGAAGCGUCCGAGUUGGAGUACACCGUCAUCGUCAAUGGGAUGUUCCUCGACUACUUCGGCAUGCCUCACAUCAAGACACACUUAACACCACUCGUCAUGGUUCUCGACAUCGAAAACCGCGCGGCCGCCAUCCCCGGGUCCGGCGACGUCCCCGCAACAUUCACGUACAGCUACGACGCCGCACGCUUCGUGGCCGCGCUCCUCGACCAGCCGCGCUGGAGCAAGGAGAGCAAAAUCAUCGGCGAUACGGUGACGUGGAAUGAGUUUCUGCGCACGGCGGAGGAAGUCACAGGCGAAAAGUUCGAUGUCACCUACGACUCGAUCGAGAAGUUGAAGCGUUUCAAAAUCACGGAAUUGCCUGGCCAUGGCAAGCUGUACGACAAGUAUCCGAAGAAGGCGCUGCAGUGGUUUCUGGCUGCGUUUGAGCUGAUGACUACGGAUGAGACGAGCUAUGUGUCGCGGGAUGGGGCGUUGAAUGGGGUGUUUCCGGAGAUUCAGCCGCUGACUGUCCGCGAGAUGGUGACUAAGUGUUGGGGGAAGUGA